AUGGUCCAGCAAAGACUCAACAGCAACCUACCUGCACAUGCACCACCCGCACCUAGCAGACCACUUCGAAGACUUCACGCGCCCACAUACCUCCCCCUUCUCCUCAACCUCCACCUCCUCCACAAACUUCACAGCAUCAACAUCCUCCCCCUCCCUGCCCACCCCCCACCCCACAACAACGACAACGACAACGCCGGGCCCAACGGCGCCCCAACAACAACAACCCACACAGUCACCUACGGCAACAGCGGCUCAACAACAACGACGAUCCCGUCCUUCCUGCCCAUCGAAGACGUGUACGUCGCGCCGCAGUUCCAGCCUCCUAACCCCGAGGACGAGGACGAUGUGGUUCCUGAUCAGCAUGCUGCGUUUGGGAUUACGAGGGCGAUGGAGAGGAGGAGGGAGGGGGUUUGGAGGGAUUUGGGGCUCGAGGGGUUAGUGAGUUCUGGGGGUGGUGGUGGCAGUGGUGGGAGAGGAGGUGCUGGGGGGAGGGGAGGGGCUGUUGUUAGGGUUAGGGAGGGGGGAGGUUGA